UGGGGUGGGUGAUGUGCUGGGACAGGGCACUGGGAUAGUUGGUGUGCCAGAACAGAGCGCUGGGGUGGCUGGUGAGCCCGGGGUGGGGGCGGUGGGGUGGUUGCUGCCCCAAGAGCUGGGCUCAGGGAGCGCUCUGCUGCUCUCCCUGCACAGGUCGGGGUAAUGCCGGGGCUGCUGUCACCCGCAGCACGCAGCACCGCGUGGCUUGCUGCAACGUGUAGAUUUCUCCUGCAGAGCUGAGGGCACUGGAUGUGGCAGAGAGAUAAACACCCCGAUGGUUUAUGAGCCGGAGAUAGGGAGGUCAGUUUGAAAGCGGAGAUAUCAGCGCUAUAAGGAAAUAUGGGAAGAAUUCAUCCCUAAUCUAAUCUCACCAAAUUCCAUUAGGGUGCGAGGCAGGGCUCCAUCGCUCCGGUUCCUCUGGCCGAGAAUUAAACAGGAAACCCCAAUGAUGGGAACUGUUCCCCCAGUCCCCAGGCGUGGUUUGAAGCCCUGUGCCAUGCGAUGCUCCUGCACGGCGUGGCACUAAGGGGACAGGGGCUGGGAAUGAGGGAAGGAUGCGUUACGAGCCAUGGGGGACUCUGCACAACGCCUUGGCAGCUGAGGAUCUGGGCUCUGGUCUGGGGGUGCCCAAGGGCCCCAUCUCGCCCCAGGAUCCCCGCUCACGAUUUAGCCCCCGUACAGCUCAGCCAGCUCCGAAAAUGGGGGGGGAGAUUCCGUAUCAGGUGUCAGCCAUGUGGCGGACAGGUGAUGAGGGCUGGGUUCAGCCCACGCACCGCACCGGGGUGUGGAUGGUGCCGGGAAUGCGGCCGUGACCCCAGCGAUCUCCAGGCUGAGGGGACCUCACUCUUUGGGGCUGGUGGCUGCGUGCAACUCAUGGUCCAAGGGCUUGGCACGGCACGGCACGCUCUGCUUUUGGGGUCCAGCUCAGUGAGCAUCCAUCCCCGCCAGUGGCUCUGGGUCAGCAGGAGGUUUGGGGACAGGGACGACAGCUGCCGCUGCCUGAUGGAGCAGCUGUGGGGCAUCCAUCACGCGGCCCCCAGGGGACAAAGGCACGGGCAGGGCACGUGGAGCUGCCCAACAUACAGAUGCAGCCAUGGGUAUGAGCGGCACGGGCAGCGCACGGUGAUGUGGGCUGAGCCACGGGGUGGCAAACACCUGGGGCACGAUGUGAUGGCCCCAUCACCUCCCACCCUCGCUGCUGCCCGGCUUUGCCGCGUCUCGCGGCCCCAGCCCCAGCUUUCCCCCAGCUGCCGGCCCCGCUGUAACCCAAGAAGCGCAGCCCGCGGGGCUCUGGAUUAGCCACGAGACAAUCGGGGUCUGUGGGGCGGCACAUGGCAGGGGAUGGCUGCGGGCUCGCUCAGCCCCGCUCCGUCCCUGGGGAUGGAGCUCUGCCAGCGCCCUUCCCCCCGUGGCGUUCGCGCUCCUGCCCCGUUCGUGGUACGGCACAAAGCGCUGCCAACAUCCCUCGCCCGGCGCCUGCCCUCGGCAGCAGCCCCUCUCCGUCCCCUCUCGCAGGAGUUGAUUAUUUGAAGCUGUCGGCAGUGUUUAGCUUAACCCUGGAUUCAUCGCCCGCAGCUGUUUCCAUCCGGGGACGCUCCGUCUCACCCCGCAGCGUGCGCUCCGCCAGCGCCGAGCCUCCAGGAGAGCGUCGUGUCUGCGGGACGGGGCCACGUGCCACCCCCGGCUGCCACCCGGGCCCGCGCUGGGGUCACGCAGGUUGCCACCGGGGCAGCUCUGCGGGGCCGAGCGCGGCGCGGCGCAGCUUCUCCCCUUCAGGCGGAGGCCCCGUGCCCGCAGCGAUGGCCCCGCUGGCCGCGGCCCUGCUCUGGGUGCUGCUGCUGCGGCCUCACGGUGCCGGGAGCUGGGGGCAGCACGCCCCGCGUCUCCGCGUCACAUACAGAGAGCUGCUGAAGUCCAACAGCUCCCGGUGGCUGCUGGCCCCAGGGGACGUGCCGGGCUCCCAGGCGCUGCUGCUGGAUGAGGACAGGGCCUGGCUGAUGGCGGGAGCCAAGAACCACAUCGUCCUGCUGCACCUGGAGCAGCCGGGCAGGGAGCCCGAGAAGCCCGCGGUUGUGUGGUUGCAGAUCUCCUGGCCGGCACCCAGGGCGCAGGUGGAGCACUGCCGGCUGGCGGGCAAGGACGUGGAGACCGAGUGCGCCAACUUCGUCCGCCUCCUGCAGCCCUACAACAGCAGCCACGUGCUGGCCUGCGGGACCGGCGCCUACCAGCCCGUCUGCGCCUUCGUGCAGCUGGGAGCCCGCGAGCAGGGUCCCGGGGUCCCCAUGAUGCGGCUGCUGAGCCACUCCCUGCAGUCGGGGCGAGGACGGUGCCCGUACAGCCCCCGGCAGCCCUUUGCUGCGCUGCUGGUCGAUGGGCAGCUGUACUCCGGCACCUCCAGCGACUUCAUGGGCAGCAGUGCCGCCUUCUUCCGCACUGAGGUCGGCGGAGCUGAGCGGGGCUACAUCCGCACGGAGCAGCACCAGGACCACUGGCUGCACGAGCCCACAUUCGUCGGCGCCUUCACCAUCCCCGACACCCACAACCCGCACGACGACAAGGUCUACGUCUUCUUCCGUGAGACGGCCCUGGAGGGCGGGCAGUGGGAGCGGCGGCACAUCCACGCCAGGGUGGCCCGGGUCUGCAAGAACGACGUUGGAGGGAAACGCGGCCUCAUCAACCGCUGGAGCACGUUCCUCAAGGCCCGCCUGCUGUGCUCCAUCGCCGGGCCCCAGGGCACGCAGACGCACUUCGACCAGUUGGAGGACGUUUUCCUCCUCCGCACACGGGACCCCCAGAACCCCCUCGUCUUCGGCCUCUUCACGGCAUCCAGCGCCGUGUUCAGCGGCUCCGCCGUCUGCGUCUACUCCAUGGCCGCCAUCAGAGCGGCCUUCAGCGGCCCCUUCGCACACAAGGAGGGCUUCGACCACCGCUGGGCGCAGUACAAGGGCCGCGUCCCCUACCCCCGGCCCGGCACGUGCCCCAGCGAGACGUACGACCCGCUGCUGCGCUCCACCAAGGACUUCCCCGACGAGGUGAUCAGCUUCGUGCGCGCCCACCAGCUGAUGUGGGAGCCCGUCCGCCCGCUGGGCCGCCGGCCCGUCCUGCUCCGCGCCAACGUUCCCUACCGGCUGCGGCAGCUGCUGGUGCACCGGCUGGAGGCUGAGGGCCGCCACUACGACGUGCUCUUCCUCGGCACAGAUGAUGGGAAGGUGCUGAAGGUGGGGCUGCCCGGUGAGGCGGGCGCCGAGGCCGUGAGCCUGGAGGAGAUCAGCGUCACCGAGGUGCCUUCGCCCAUCCUGGACAUGAAGCUGUCACCGAAGCGGCAGGAGCUGCUGGUGAGCAGUACGCAGGGGCUGCUGCAGCUCGCCCUGUCCCGCUGCGAGCUCUACGGGCAGACCUGCACAGACUGCUGCCUGGCCAGGGACCCCUACUGCACGUGGGACGGCAGCGCCUGCGCCCCGGUCCUGCUGACGGAGAAGCGGCGUGCCCGGUGCCAGGACGUGCUGAAGGCCGACGUGCUCAGCCAGUGCCAGGACACAGCGGAGGGGACGGCAGCCGCGGAGCAGCCCGUGUUCGGCGUGGAGAAGAACUCCACGUUCCUGGAGUGCCGGGCGCGCUCCCCGCAGACAGCGGUGCGGUGGCUGGUGCAGCGCGGCGAGGGGCCGGGGCUGAGCGAGGUGAGGAGCGGCGGGCGCGUGGCGGUGCUGGAGCAGGGGCUGCUGAUCCGCCAGCUGGGCCGGGAGGACGCCGGCACCUACGAGUGCCGGGCCAUGGAGCGCUCCUUCUCCCGGCCCCUCACCCGCUACAGCCUGCACGUCAUCCGGCACGAGGCCACGGAGCCGCCGCACCGCCGCGGUAAGGGGCCCGAGGGCACCUGGACGGACCCGCGGGCGCUGGGGGCACCGGGCAGCGGCAGCCUCGACGCCUACUGCACCGCACUGCGGCUCCGGGAGCGGCAGCGGCAGAAGGCCUGGCACCAGAAGUGGCAGCACCGCACCCCCGAGAGCAAGAGCGGCCGCGUGCGCCGGCAGCCCCGCAGGCUGUAGGGGUGCAGAACCGCUGCAGUGUGACUACCUCAAACCGGGCCGGGACCGUCCGCCUCGGCACAGCUCCUGGACACAAAGCCUCCGUGCCCCGAGGAGUUGAUUCCCAUUCUUCCCAGGCCCGUUCUUAGCAGCAAUAAGGAAGACAAGAGGCUGAGAAUGGAAAGCGACCGUUCUUGCACGUGGUCCCCAGCACCACCAGCACCUGGAGCCGUGGUGGGCACGGCGCCCGGACCCCGCACCAUCCCCACCGUGCAGGAGGAGGGCGAGGGGUGCCCACCUCUCCCACCCCAGCCCACGUCACUUUUAUGGAUUCCAAAGCUAGAGAGACAACAGGCAGUUAUACCAACUUACAAUUUAUUAUUUUUAAAAAAAAUGACAUGAAACACAAGUAAAAAUAAAUACAUCAUAUAAACAACAAA